GAGACGUCUGGAGUUCAGUUGCCUGUAGAGAGCAGGCAGGGCCAACUAACGCGUAAGUUUCGAUUACUGAUUUUAGUGGAUUAUAACGAGAAACAGGGGCGGCUGAAGGAUUUCACGACAUCUCUUUUUAAGAGCAAGAAUAAAGGAGAACUAAGCAACUCCAUUCUUCUGGGAAUUAAUUGUUCUCCUGAGGCAUGGUUGUGGGCUCCGGCCGUGAGCAGGGAGCAACACCCGGGCUCCGUCAGUGUACCCUCGCCCCUUCGCGGAGCCUCCCCAGCGGAUCCGAGAGGAGAUGAGACCCGCGCUCUACCAGCUCCUCGCCGGCUGCCUCUGCCUCUUACGAGCCGCUGCUGAGCAGGAGUCUCAUAUUCCCCGGGAGCUUGUGGAGCGGCUCUCCCGCAACGACAUCCGGAGCAUCAACGACCUCCAGCGGCUGCUCGAGAUAGACACCGUAGGUCCAGAAAACGAGGCGAUCGAGGAGACCAAACACGACUAUGACAAGGUCUUCUCUCACGCCUUCCCGGAACUCAAGCAAGAGCAAACCCAUGAGCGUUACAGGCGGAGCACUCUGGUGGAGGAGGCCUUGCCUGCGGGCUGCAAGGUGCGCACCUCCAUCUACGAGAUCCCUCGCAGUCAGGUGGACCCCACCGCCGCCAACUUCAUCAUCUGGCCGCCAUGCGUGGAAGUGAAGCGCUGCACGGGCUGCUGCAACACCAGCAACAUGCGGUGCCAGGCGGCCCGCAAGCAUCACCGCACCGUCAGGGUGGCCAAGGUGGAGUAUGUGCGGCGGCGACCCAAACUGAGGGAGGUGCAGGUGCAACUGGAGGACCACCUGGAGUGCACGUGCGCCCACAGGCGACAACUGGGUCCAAACUCGAGCACAGACAACGGCAUCAGGUGAACACACUGAUUGUACGAUGGAGUUAGCGCAGCAAUUGGGACAAGAACAAGAACAAGACAAGGAUAUACUGCACUCUUUUUGAGCCUUCUAGCGUCAUGCUUGCGGAACUUUACAUAGAGGAAGUCAUGCUGCCACCUUUUUCGGACCUUUGAUGGAUAUUUGACCCACAAAGACGGGCAACCUACUAGCACACUGUCGUUUCCUCGAUGGAGAAAUGGGAUCAGAAAUGAGGUGGGACUUCUUGCAUAUGGUAACCCGCUCAUCCUUUCGGAUUAUAAACUGGGAUGAAUCCUCUCCAGAGGAUAUGAUUAAGUUUCAUUGUUUUUUUUUUUUUUAAUAUAUAUUUUGACAUUUAUCUCGCACAUCGUGUGCGUUCUUCAUUUGUAUAACCUAUGUUUAACGUCACAAAGAAGACAGGGGAAACAUCCUCCAGAUAUGUAACCAUUACUAAUAAACUAUUUAUAUGGGA